UUCAGGUCCAAGCAAAUGGAUUCAGAAAAGAACUUCAACUUCACCGCUCUGCUGCGGAUGCAAACUUAUGAGAACAAACAUAAAGUGAAACCGACGCACUUUACAAGCAUAGCUGGAGGGAUACAAAAACGGCUAGAGACUAACAUAAAGGAGAAAAGAAGAACCAGGUUUACAAAUUUUGAUAAUUUUAGAAAUUUACCCGAAUGCAAGUCUCCAGUACGAGAGCCACUGAACAAAACAGAACAAAGGAGGUUGCAGUUACUAAAAUGGAAAGAAGCAAAAGAAAAGAAGAAGGCUGAGGCGUUGGCUCAUAAGAAAAAGCCAUUUGUGGUGGGAGUAGCAAAGACGAUGACAUUUGAACCUCCACCUCCUAUUUCAUGGCCUCUGCCCAGCACAUCAGGGAGAGUGACCAGGUCACAGGCGGCGAGGGUUAACAUAACCAAUAAAAAAGAGAAGCCGAAAGUAUAUACAUUUGCACCACAAAAUGCAGUUUUCAAUCCGACACUAAAAGAUCUUGAAAUGCCAACCUUAUCUACAUUUGAACAGAGAAGAUUUGACCCACAUAACCAAAGCAGUAAUGUGAAAAAUGCAAAUGAUGCCUCAAAACAAGAACCAAGAAAUUUAAGAAGUCGAACAAAAUUGAAUGAGGUGACUGAAAUUAAGCAGAAUCAAAACCAUUCAAAAGCUCAGAAAAAGCUUGUACCAAAGAAAAAACUAGCAAAACAACCAUUACCAUCAAAAACUAAAUCCAAACUGAUCUCUAGCUCCACAGCCAGCUCUUCAAGCGACGGUGAUACUUAUAGUAAGGAAACAGUUGCAUUUAAAUUUACAACUCCACAAAAAACUCCAAGAAAAGGAAGAAAAUCAGAUAAUACUACAAAGAAAGGUAAUUCUAGUAACAUUGCAUCCAAGAAUAAUGAAAAGCUUGUCGAUAUAUCUGGUUCAACCAGUAUGGACACUGAUAUUGAUGAAAAACCUUCACAUACUCCAGAAAUAUCCAUUCCGAAAGCUACACCAAAGAAACAAAAUGGUACAAUACAAGACUUCAUAACCUUCACACCAAAGAAUCCUGUUCCUAAAAGCGAGUCAAGUUCAGAAGAAAAGUUGCGCUCACCCAAGGCUUUAGUUGAUGUACCAAUGACACCUGAAGUUACUGAGGAGGUGGAACAGAUUAGUCCUCGUGUUUGCUUGUCUCGAGGAAAGGAUAACACAAGAAAGGAGAUGAAGAAAAAGAUAGAUGAAGGAUUACUGGAUGAAGAUAAUGUAUGUGAUAUGAGCGUGGAAUACUUCCAAAGACAACUAGACUCUGAGAUCAAAAGAAUGACAGAAAUGUGUGAAGUAUGGGACAAGAUUCUGGAACAGAACAUGACACUGCCAGAUGAGAUCCAGGAAGCUGUGUUGUCGGCGGUGGGGCAGGCGCGGCUGCUGAUGUCGCAGAAGCUGCAGCAGUUUGCGUCCCUGCUGCGGCGCUGCGAGAAGCCCGAGCCCGGCCAGGCGCUCGUCACGCGCGCCGACCUGCAGGGCUUCUGGGACAUGGUGUUCCUGCAGGUAGAAAACGUAGACAUCCGCUUUAACAAGCUGGAGCAGUCGCGCGCCCGCGGCUGGGUGAGCGAGCAGCCGCCGCCGGGCGCCGCGCGCGCCGCCAAGCCGCCGCCCAAGCCGCCGCAGCCGAAGCCACCGGCGCGCGCACGGCAGGCGUCCAGCAACCGGCUAAAGGACAUCAUUGCGGCGGCUAGGAAAGCUAAACAAGCCAACAUGGAAAAUACGAAGACAUUCGAUGCGGGGUUUUUCCACGUGCAGUCGCCAGUCAAAUCCCCCGGCGCUGCUACCCCGCUCCGCAACUCCCCUGCCGCGGCCACUCCGCGCAGCAAGCCCAGCCUGCUGCAGAGCGUACUCUCCAGUGAAGCCAAGAAGGCUUCAGCCAAUAAGAGUUCAUACGCUAUGCUGCGUGCCUCAUCCUUGGGGAAAAAUGUAGAAACUGAGAAUGGAACACCUUACAAGGCAAAUUCUAUCGCCCCAACACCCAUAAACUUAGGCUUGACACCGGGAAAGAGUAUACUAAAAUCCAACAUUAAUACUUCCACCAAAGUCCCCAGCAAGAUAUUGUCAUUCAAACUGUUGAGUUCAGACACGGCCAGCGAUUCCAGUCCAACCAGUGACAAGGGGCAGAUAUCUGCGGUUGAGAAGCUACGCGAUCUGGACACUUCAUCUGACUCAAGCCCUGCCAAUUUACAGAAUUUGGACGAUUCACACGAUUCUCAAGAAUCUGUAACCCCUUCAAAGCUACAGAUCCAGAUCCAGAACUUCGAUAACUUACAAAUAUCCGAGAGUGUACCAAAUCCUGAAGAUAACUCAGCAACUACAGAUACAGAACAAUUUGAAGAGAGUAAAAAUAGACAUUCUUCUAGGAAAACAAGGAAGAGUUUACAUAACACAGAUAAUUUGGUGGUAACAAAUGCAGAAAAACUUAAAGAAGUAAAAGAAAACAGACGCUCGUCUAGGAGAACGAGGGAGACUUUACCAAACGCUGCUGAAGAGAAUUUGGUGACAAUAAUCACAGAAGAACGACAAGAGAAAAAAAACCGACGCUCGUCUAGGAAAAAGAAGGAGAAUUCACCAAACGCUGAAGAAAACUUGAUGACAACAAAUACAGAAACGCUUGGAGAAGAGAGGCAAAACAGACGUUUGUCUAGACGAACAAGAAAGAGUUCACCAAACGCUGAAGGAAACUUGUUGGCAGCAAAUACAGUAACACUUGGAGAAGAGAAAAAAAAUAGACGUUCAUUAUCUAGGACGCCUAGGAAAAAGAAGGAAAGUACACCAAGCGCUGAAGAAAACUCAGUAACAACAGAUACAGGUACUCUUGGAGAGGAGAAAGAGAACAUACAUUACAACCCUUCCAAUUUAGCUCUACGCACACCUACACCUAAGUCAGAUAGACAAGAUGCUAUGGAAGAUAUCACUCCAGUCAUGACCAGAAAUAGAAGGAAGACCAGACAAACGCCGGUCACUGAGAACUUUGAAAACGUCCAGUCUUCUAGAAGGAGGAAGAUGUUGCUAGAAGCUAACGAAGAGAAGUUAGAUGUUACUCCAUUAAGGCCUAGGUCUAGAAGACAAGUUUGAGAGUGUUUAUUGUGAGAACCUGAACUGAAAUGCGUCCUCCUUAAUUAAUAUUAACUCACAAUGUUAUUGCCUUGUAACCCAAUACGAAAACAUAAGGAUGUUAUUAGUUUAACUUGUGUGUCUGUGUAUGUACAUGUCUAUCAGAGCCACCGUAGCAUUCAAACGGAUGGACCAAUUUGAAUGCGGUUUCUUUCAUUCGAAAGUGUGUUUAAUCAAGAUGGUUCCUACCUAUGUUUGGUGAUAAUCUGUUCAAUCGUUUGAGAAUUGCUAGCUGUUUUCUCAAACGGGUAGGGAUCUUA